AUGUUGCUUUCUGCCAAUUGGUUUCUUACGCUCUUUCUGUGGCUCGGCUGCGGGGGAUUCCCCUCCCUAAACGGAGCCGAUCUCUGCCAGCCCAUAGGUUGGCGCAAUUUCCAGUGCAGCGAGGUGGCCUCCUUGCAGGAUCUGGUGGAUCUAGGAGCCGAGAACUGGCACAUACUCUCCAUCCGGAAUUUGCAAACGGAACUGGAGGUGGGCUCAGGUGAGAAUGCAGAUCACUUGGCCAACUUAGUCGAACUGGAUUUAACAGCAGCAGCUCCAAUAAAUAUUCAUACCAGCGGCUUUUCCAUUCUGCCCAAUCUGCGGAACCUUAACCUCAGCGGGUGCGGUCUCGUUGACAUCCAGGGAAACCACUUUGCGGCUGAGUCAGCGCUUCAGCGGCUCGAUUUAAGCCACAAUGAAAUGGAGCUUCUCGACCGGGACUUUUUUGGCAAUCUGAGGAAGUUGAUUUAUGCGAAUUUUUCGCAUAAUGCCCUGAAGCAAUGCGAUCUGCCCCAUAUGCCACUGCUCAAUCGCCUGGAACUGGGCCACAAUCGCUUGGUUAAUGCCACCUUUGGGGUCUGUCCACAGCUGCAGGAAUUGAUUUUAAAUAACAACCAAUUAGCACAGUUGGACGUGAACGCCUUUCGUGGACUCCAUGGCCUAUUGGAGCUGCAGCUAAGCGACAACAGGUUGAGCUCCAUUGGCCAGGAAACCUUUCUGCCGCUCUCCCAACUGCGAGUUUUAAACCUCUCACGAAAUGCCCUCGAUGCACUGCGUCCGAGUGUGUUUGGAGCAAUCCAAAACUUUGUGCUGCAUCUGCAGCAGUUGGAUCUAUCCGGGAAUCGCAUCCGCCUGCUCUUCGACAACCAAUUUCGUGUUCUGGCCAGACUGCAAAUGCUGGAUGUUUCGCGGAACAGUAUAGCCAGCCUGAGUGCAGGUCACUUUGUGGGUUUAGGUGCGCUACGCAAACUUUACCUGCAGUAUAAUGCUAUCUUAGAGAUCAAGUCAAGUACCUUUGCUGCCCUCGUUAACUUGGACACAUUGGAUCUGUCCUACAACAACCUGGAGUUCUUCGAGGAACAGAUCUUUGGCAGCAACACCUUGACGCGCAUGAGGAGACUAAACUUAAAUGGCAAUCAUAUGAAGCACCUGCAUCCAUUGGCCUUCUCAUCAAUGCCAUUUAUGGAAUACCUGAAGCUGGGUCACAACGAACUAAAAUCCCUGGAUGUGCGCAUGUUUGCCCCCAUGCGACGUCUUCAGAAGCUACAUUUAGGCCACAAUCUGCUGGAAGAGAUCAACCUGGACGUUCUGGAGAGCCUCAGUAGCGUCCAGGAGAUCCUGGUGGACAACAACCGACUCACCUUUCUGUCCAAAGUGAAUGUGAGCUUUCCCAAUCUGAAACGAGUGGCCAUCGAGGGUAAUCCUUGGCAGUGUCCGUGCUUUGUGAAGCUGCAACAUUGGUUGGCGACCAGGGAUGUUGUCUAUCUCCGCGAUAACACGGGCUACUACAAGGGUGAACGACCCCUAUGCAUAGUGACCAGUGUGGAUUAUUGCAUCCAGAAUUUGCAAGCAGUACGUCGUCUGGGAAUUCUCGGUGAUUUCCAGGGCGAGCAGGUGGAGGCGGAUGCCUUUGAUGACGAUGCCAGUGCAGCACAAGACUGAUAAUUGUACGAUUUCUAUAAUUAUUAUAAGCGUUCAAUAUAUUCUAACAAAUUUUCCUAGAGUGUAACUGACUAAAUAAAAAGGUGCCAAAUUUUAAACUCCCUAAAAGAUACCGACUUUUCUAUCAUUUCAUAUUUUCAGCCCAAUGUUAUGCUACUACCCGAAAAUACUCUGCUUUUCACAUCACAUUAAAGUGAGCCACAAAAAACGCUCUUAAAUUUAAACAAAAACAUUUUAAAUAUAACGCAGAAUUGCACAAAUAGACAUUUUCAGACACGGACAUUUUGAAGAUAUAUUGGAUCGAUUUAUCAUCUUGCGGGCAUAUUCAUGAUUCCAGCGUCUCGAAUGGGUUUUAAUUUACAAUUAAA